AUGUCAAAGCUUUUGUUGUCUUUGUCUCUUCUUGUCUUCCAGCUGCUCUAUGCUGCAGGCCAAGACCAUUCAGAUCAAAACAAAGGCUUUAUGAACUUCAUCUUUGACCUUAGCUCAUCCGGUAAAAGCCCAGACUCCAUCAAUCACUCGAUCCAAGAAGGCAAUGUCUCUCAUAAGGAUGACAAAGUUGAAGGAAAUGAAGUGAAAUCCGGAGAACUUGACUCAGAAUCACUUACCCAAUUCGCUCAGCAUUAUAUCAAAGAAGAAAAGAACAAUGGGAAAAGUGAUAGCUCGACACAGAACCUCACUAUUGAUGGCACUUCUAGUGAAGAAAAAAGAAAACUAGAAGUAAGUAAAGAAAAAUUAGAGGAAGCAGGCUUAGGUUUCUCCAGCUCAAAUUCUGAGCAAGCUGAAGCUAAUCAUUAUCAAGAUGAAAAAAAACGAGUCAAGAAAUAG